UGAUUUUGCAUUUCCGGGUAGGGGGCAUGUGCUCACCCUACCUGCACCGCCAAUCGUGGCCUCUGCUGUCAAUUACCGUGUACGAGCCACUCUUGCUUUGUAUGUGCAGUGUGCUUACAAUGAAGCACACACACACAGCACACAGUUAACCCUUUGAUCGCCCUAGAUGUUAACCCCUUCCUGCUCAGUGCCAUUGGUACAGUGUCAGUGCAUUUUAUUAGCACAGAUCACUCUAUUGGUGUCACUGGGUAUCUCAGUGAUACAAAGUCAGUUCCCCCCAGUGUCAGAAUGCUCGCUGCAGUCCUGCUGU